ACAGGCGACUCCCAGCCCCGUCUCAACAGAGCUGAUGGCCACCUCUGACUUCUACCCCUGGGAGGAUGACUACUCGGGCGAGGGCAGCCUGCUGCCUGAGCUCUGUGAGAAGCAGCCAGUACAGGGCUUCAUCCGCAUCUUCCAGCCUGCCUUGUACCUGCUGCUCUUGCUGCUGGGCAUAGUGGGGAACGGGCUGGUGCUACUCACACACACCUGCUACCGCCAGGCACGCAGUGUCACCGAUUUCUGCCUGCUGCACCUCGCUGUGUCCGACCUCCUGCUGCUCCUGAUGCUGCCCUUCGUCAUCACCGACGCGCUGCAGGGCUGGUCCCCAGACACAGCCAUCUGCAAGGCGCUGCAGGGGCUCUACGCCCUCAACUUCUACAGCGGCUUCCUCUUCCUCACGUGCAUCAGCGUGGAUCGCUACGUGGCCAUUGUGCAGGUGCCAACCGCCUGCCGCCUGCGCCCCCGGGCCCGCCGGCACGGCCGGCUGGCAGCGGGGCUGGCCUGGCUGCUGGCCGUGCUGCUAGCACUGCCCCAGUUCAUCUUCAGCCAGGCGGAGCAGCACCAGGACCGCCGCGUCUGUCGUGUCGUCUUCCCCCGCGCGGUCUCACAGGCAGCCCGGGGAGCCACCAGCCUGCUGCAGGUGGUGCUCAGCUUCGCGGUGCCCGGCCUGGUGAUGACAAUCUGCUACGCAGCUGUGGCACGGACACUGCUGGCGGCCCGCGGUGCGCAGCCCCAGCGGGCGCUGCGGGUGCUGGUGGCCCUGGUGGUGGUGUUUGUGGCCCUGCAGCUGCCCCACAGCCUGAUGGUGCUGCUGGACGCGGCCGAGCUGCUGACCAGCUGGGAGAUGAGCUGCGCCCAGAGCCGCCGCAAGGACCUGGCGCUGCUGGUCACGGGCGGGCUGGCGUACCUGCGCUGCUGCCUCAACCCGCUGCUCUACGCCUUCCUCGGCCAGCGCUUCCGCCGGGAGCUGCGGCUGCUCGCCAGCGACGCCGGCUGUGUGCGGUCCCUGGACCCGCGCCGCUCCGGCUGCUCCAGUCCCCGCCGGCCGACAUCGCUCUCCGCCUGGCUGGACGCGGUGUAGGAGCGCGGUGCCCGCUCGGUCCCUCCGCGACUCCCCGGGGACAGCCCCGUCCGUGCGCAGACCUGCCCCGGUGAGCGCCGGGACACAGACAACCCGCAGGGCGCCUGCACACGCCUGAGCAGAGCGAAGGGCAGCCCCGGAACCCUCUGCACGCCCUGAGAGUGCCUUCCCUGCCCGGCUCCCUGCAGAGCCCCCGCGCCGCGGGCCGUGCAAUGUUUCGCGUGCUCCGGGGGUCCGGGCGGUGCCGUGAGCCCGCUCGGUGGGUGCAACACCGGGGCCUGGCAGGCAGCCGGUUCUCACUCUCACAAUAAACCCCGAAUGAGUCCCGCUGGGCGAGCGCGGUCUCCGUGCGGGGUGA